CGUUCCCGUCACACCACAUCCCAACAGACCUUCCUUCCUGCCCGCACACACACACCGUAUUUAAAGCGCUAGCUAGCCUAGCCCAGCAGCAUGCUCUCCAUCACAGGCUCUGUCCUCCGAAGCGCCCGCAUCGUCCACGGAGUCCGGCUGCUGCACAUCACUCCCGUCGCCAAAAUGCCCAUUCAGAUCGGCGAACCUCUUCCUGCAGUGGAGGUCCAGGAGGGGGAGCCUGGAAAUAAGGUGUCGAUGGAUCAGCUCUUCAAGGGCAAGAAGGGAGUCCUCUUCGCUGUACCUGGAGCUUUUACCCCCGGCUGCUCCAAAACUCACCUCCCAGGAUUCGUGCAGCAGGCUGGGGACCUAAAGGCUAAAGGCAUACAGGAGGUUGCAUGCGUUUCUGUCAACGAUGCGUUUGUCAUGGCUGCGUGGGGAAAGGAGCACGGAGCAGAUGGCAAGGUUCGCAUGUUGGCUGACCCCACUGGAGCGUUUACUAAGGCGGUUGACCUGCUUCUUGACAGUGAACAGAUUGUGCAGGUACUUGGGAACAAGCGAUCCAAGAGAUAUUCCAUGCUGGUGGAGGAUGGAGUUGUGAAGAAGCUCAACGUGGAGCCUGACGGCACCGGGCUGACCUGCAGUCUGGCUUCCAGCAUUCUGUCUGAGGUCUAGGCUCAUUCAAAACUUCCUGAACCAAGUUACACACCCCGAGUUGCUGUGAGAGUUGCACUAACAGAACCCAGUAUUACCUGUUAAAGCUUAUCCCCUUUUCUCAAAGAUGGAUGCAAAUGUCAUGUGGAUGCCGGUGUCGGAGCUAGAAGGUUAAUUAAUGCGCACAACUAUGACAUGAAUGGCAAUCGUGAGGACUAUGCAUCAGUAUACUGUUACAAAUAAGUAAAUAAAGUCAACCCUGAAAGCAAUAA